AUGCCGUCCUCACCUCAGAUUCAAUCCCUCUCCCAGCUCGGCCAGCAUGAAUCCGAGGGUUCACAUUUCCCACAAAAGCAUGAUUCCCUGUACCUAUUCGACGGCAACAUCAUCCUCAUGGCGCCAACCAAGGCUGGCGGAACGACCCUAUUUCGGGUCCAUCAGUCUAUACUAUCUAAUCAUUCACCCAUAUUUGCAAAUAUGUUGAAAUCCUCUAUCAGCGAUGAAGGCCAAAUGUACGAUGGUAUUCGAUUAGUGCGGCUCACUGAUGAUGCCGAGGAAAUCGAGUCUUUGUUCAAAUUGAUAUAUAUUCCAUCCCCUCUGAUACUCUCUCAACGCCUGAGUAGACAUGUUCCUCCGAUAGUGCGUCAUGUCCUGAAGCUUUCAAACAAAUACGAGAUGAGCAAACUUCGCCAAGCGGUUGUUCAGGUACUGGAGACACAAUGGCCAACGUCACUAGCGCAGUGGGAUAGACUUGAAGGCGAAAUAGCAGCCAUGGCCUGGGAUCAAGAUUAUGAUCACACACCACUUGAUCUUGAUCGCAACCUGCCAGAACCUGCUUUGGCGAUAAGGCUAGGUAGAGAAUUCCAUGUGCCAAGCAUAAUGCCCGCUGCUUUUUACCAUUUAUCUCGUCUCUCCAUUGGCCACUCGCUCCAUAUCCCAAGAGAUGCAGUGCGACAACGCACUGCUGACUGGAACCUUCUCACAGCAGCCGACUUGAUCUGUCUGAUUAUGGGAAAGGAAGGUCUUUCGAUGGUGGCCGCUUCCAUGUUAAUGUCGGACUGUUCCGGUGACGAGACCAUGAAGACUCAUUGGGCGGAAGGAGACUGCAGGGGAUGCAGAAGGUCGCAAAUAAUGGAACAAAUUCAUUGGGAGUGCAAGCGCACGUCCGACGUUCUCUCGACUCUUCGUCGGUACUUGACGGUGGAACCAUUUCCGUGGUCACCAAUAUGUGAAACAUGUUCCUGCGUCAUCAAGAAUCAGUUGAGGAAGGUGCGCCAAACACUAUGGGCUAUGUUACCUCUUCUGUUUCAACACGCUUCUUUGUAUUUUUUUGAUGGCAACAUCGCGCUCACGGCCUCAAAUAAUUUCGGCGAACAAACUGUUUUUCGCGUCCAUCAAUCACUCCUAUCACAUUAUUCCACCGUCUUUGCGGACAUGUUGUCGCUGCCACUUGAACAGGAAGCCGAAACAUAUGACGACGUUCCACUAGUGUGCUUGCCUGACAACGCUGAGGAGAUCGAAUCCUUAUUGAAAGCCAUAUACUUUCCGCGCUUUCCUCCGUUAUACCCACACCUAACUCGAUGCGCACCUCGCGCAAUUUACCACCUCUUGAAUCUCUCAAAUAAAUAUGAGAUCAACGAACUUCGUCAUGAAGUUGUUCAACAGUUGGAAGCAGAUUGGCCAACUUCGCUAGCUCGGUGGGAUCGACUAGAAGGUGAAAUUGCUGGGUUGAUCGACUCAGACGGUGAUUCUAUGUGUCCUGAGGAUCCACUUCCAGAUCCCGCCUCUGCCAUUCAAUUAGCCCGCGAGUGCCAGGUUCCAACAAUAUUACCUGCCGCUUUCUAUCAUCUUUCACGGCUCUCUAUUCGUUGCCAGCCUGAUAAACCCUCUAGAUGUAAGCCAUGGCGCCGCACCGCGAAUUGGGGUCUCCUCACAGCAAGAGAUCUCCGGUGCCUCCUUCUAGGCAGGGAAGGUCUUCGGCAGGUCACUGAUUCCAUGCUCACCACCGAGACCGGUGAUGUUGAGAGUCAGAUACACUGGAUGGUGGAUAGGUGUAGGGGGUCCCAACGAAUAGAGGUUAUGAACAAAAUCCGUGAAGAAUGUCAAAGUACUCCAGAUGUCCUCGCGACUCUUCGCGGGCAUGCUACAGCGGAGAAGCUCCUAAUUUGUCACAUUUGUCACAGUUGGAUUAGAGACAGGCUGAAGCAAGUUCGCCACGCACUAUGGACCAAGUUACCCACAUUAUUUCAGCUGGAGGAUUGA